AUGGCUGUUGCCGAUUCUCUGCUCUCUGCUUCACUGGAUCCUGAUAUGCUGGCUACAGCCCUUGAUCGGAAUUUGCACAGUUUGCUGGAUCGACACGCUCCACUAAAAACUAUUACCAUCAGGAGUGGCCAAAAACAUAUCUUCACUCUUUCUGAUGAGGCACGUCAGGAAAAGAGAGAGUGUCGACGCCUAGAAAGAAAAUUGCGACUGGAUCCUCAUCACGCGGUAAAACAUGCUUACAGGUUUGCAAAAAACACAGUUAAAACCGCCAUUCUCAAAUCUAGAGCGGACUGUAUAAGCUCUGAAUUCGGUAAAUCAAAUUCAAACCCUCGUUCCCUGUGGCCUUUGUUACUAACCAAACCAAGCGGCUAA